GCCUCCCUCCGGGGGAAGAGAAUCUCAGCAGAUCUUCCUCCUGUCAGUGCGGCCCAGGAAGGCCAGGCACAGGGCUCGGAGACAGGAAACUGUGACGUGUGUUCUUGGGCAGGGUCUGAGGUUUUGGAACCUUUUUCUGAAAGGGACGGAGAGAGUACUCUGCAGCAUUUGCUAAUCGAGAGGCUGGUGUGUUGGGCUGAGCUGGUCAAGAUGCAGCAGGUUCCCAUGGGCAGCAGGCUGGUCCUGGUUCUCGCCUUCAUCCUGGUUUGGGGAUCUUCGGUUCAAGGUUACCCCGCUCGGAGGGCCCGGUACCAGUGGGUACGCUGCAACCCUGACAGCAGCUCGGCCAACUGCGUGGAGGAGAAGGGACCACUGUUUGACCUCACCAUGGAGGCAUCCAACAACCUCCGCCCAUCGAUGAUCGAUGCCGCUUCGAUGAGAGGAUUCUCAGAUAAUUUCAUCCCUAUUUCUGAAGACAUUUCUGGGUCAGGCUCUGGCUCGGGUUCGGGCUCUGGCUCCGGGUCCGGGUCGGGCUCCGGCUCUGGUUCCGGCUCCGGAAGUGGCUUCCUAGCUGACAUGGAAUGGGAGUACCAGCCGGCAGAUGAAAGUGAUGCCGUCUAUUACAACUAUAGGCCUUUAGACAGGAUGUCCCACGAGCAAAACCAAGAGCAACCAGAAGAUCUGAUUAUAUGAAAGUGACCGUUUCUGCUCCCCACCUCCACACAGAACAAUGUAGUCAGUAUACUUUGUGUACCACGUUUAAAUGAUCAGUCUUGGGAUAAAGAGUUUUACAUGAAAUUUAAAAUACCUGGAAAUGACUCUUAAAUCCUGUCGGCCUUUCCUCAUGAAUUCUUAAGGAAUUAUGCUUAAAUGCUAUAACUGCUCUGGAAAAUAUCUGCACUUAUAUGUGUACUGAAUCAACAUUAUGGAAUUAACUUCCACCCCCAUUAUUAUACAACCGCCUUUAAAAGCCAUGCUGUUUCUGAAAAAUUUGAUUUGAAUAGCAAAUUGAUGAACAAUAUUUCAUACCAAAAGUGUUCGGGAACUCGACUCGUAUUGUGAAUUACUAAAAUACUCCUUUUUGUGAUUAAAAAUAAAAUGAAAUGAAACAGUG